ACUCGGGACUCCACUUAACGACCCGACAAUACUUUGGAGCGUAGCUUAUCAUAAGAUUUUUGAGGGAUUUUUUUCCCUCGGAAGACCGGGAGAGUCCAGCGAGUGAGUGGCAAUCACUCCUGCUGCAUGAUCCUGGCAGCCUCGGACACGCAGAUUUCAGCGAUGGCAACGGACUGCCUGGAGUAGCUGCACUUGAGGCCUAGUAAUUCAACAGACUCGCACUCGUGGUUUCAGAAAUGUUCACCAAUUUUCGAGCGGUACCCGUCAGCAAUGCCUGCGGUACUAAGACAUUCUCUGUCCCCAUGCGGAACGCUUUUCUGGCUCUGCUGCGUCUCAUCUUUCAGAGACCGCCUAGCCCUCGGGGAUGGCCAUUAGCAAGACAUUUCUUACUCGCACCACCCCACCACGAAACACUGCGAAUAAUCGACCAACCCCAAAUUCGCAUGCGUUCCCAUAGUGACAAUAUUUACCUCGCCAGUGGGUAUGGAUGCAAACGGCAUGCAUAUGGUAUUUGGACCUACAUUGGUGUCGCAAGCGGAUCAAAUACUCAUUUUCGACUAGCGUUUUGCAUGGCAGAUCUGCCCCUCCAAUUGCAUUACUCGAACGUGACGCACGCAUUUGUGACCUUAACGCGUCAAGCGUCCCCUAUUAGCAACUCGCAUCCGGAGGCACAAGGCCAUGCGAAAAAUAGCGAGCAGGUCGUCGAGGCGCUGGAGCCUUUCGAUGUGAAACCUUGAACCUACUGCAACGUGGGGAACGCCUGCAUGAUGCUGCGAUGCUGCGUGGGCAAUUGCAACUUGUGUGUGUUAUGUGUGAUCUGGGAAGUUCGAGUAGAUAAGAUAGACUAGUGUAGG